AUGAAUCUGAAGACUGUUACCAUCCUCCUCGGCCUAUGCGAGAUACUCCUCGCCGUCCCCAUUCAAGGCUCCCUGAGAGAUAAACGUCAGGGUUUCGGAGGCUUCAAUUUCGGUGAUCUGGCGAAUACAGGUUCUUCCGGCACUACCACAGGCUCAAACACCAAUCCGUUUGGGUCGUUGUCUGGCCUCAUUCCGUCCACGAGCGGCUCAGGCUCCUCAACCGGCACUGGGAAUAUGAUUUUCCCAGCUGGAACUUUGACCCCCGGCUCUCAAGCCGGCAAUGACGAAACAAACCAAGGACUGUCUGGAUCUGGCGACCUUUCCCAGGGCGGAGAGGGUGGUCAAGACGCCGAUGAGGGUGACAGCCAAGAAGACGAGACUGUUGCUUGA